AUGAGAGGGAGGCAGAAGCUGGAAAGGAUGCGACUAGCAGACAUACCAUGCACCUUGGCGCUGCUUGCGCAGACCCUUUCACGCCAGGCACGAUGCCGGGGAUCUGGCAGUGAACACAGAGUGAUGAUGUCGGACCGCGGUGGGACCCCGCGGGGACCCGUGAGCGGUGACCUCCGCCGGGCAGCCCUGGGCACGGCAGCGUGGGGUGGACCCGGCCCCCUCGCCACGCCUUCCGUCUCCCCGGACCAAGGCACAGCUCCGCCGGACUCCGGGGCGGGAAAAGCCCCCAGGCUGAGCACGGAGGAGAGGGAGCAGCUGCUGCCGAACCUGCGAGCCGUGGGGUGGAACGAGGUGGACGGCAGAGACGCCAUCUUCAAAGAGUUCCACUUCAAGGACUUCAACCGGGCCUUUGGCUUCAUGACCAGAGUGGCUCUGCAGGCAGAGAAAUUGGAUCACCACCCUGAAUGGUUCAAUGUGUACAACAAGGUUCACAUCACGCUGAGCACCCACGAGUGCGGAGGCUUAUCGGAGCGGGACAUCAACCUGGCCAGCUUCAUCGAGCAGGUUGCAGCUUCUCUCUCCUGACUAGACACUCAUGAAGCCACAAAGCACCACCGGGCUCUUUGCCUGGAUACCUGCAGCCACAGCCUUCUCCCACCUCCAAGCCCAUUCCCAGCUCCAGACUGCCUGACAUCCGUGCCAAGCUCCCCUGCCCCAGCUCAGAGGGUUGGAGGCAGUUCUUAGCCACAAGAGAUCCAUCUCUGCUCUCCCUGCUUCCAUUCUCAGCUGUGUGCCCUCACCAGCCUGCCAACUGCCCUGCCUCAGGGGCUUUCAAGCAGCCCUGCCCUCACACCAG